GCGGGCGGAGGGGAGCCGGGCGCCGCCAUAUUGGCUGUUGUCCUGUGAGGGGAGCGGUGGUGGCGGCGGCGGCGGCGGCGGCGCGAGUGGAGCGAGGGAGCGGCGGCGCGGCAGCAUGACUCGGAGGCGGAGCAGGCCCAGCGGCGGCGCGGGCCGGCGCGAGCGGGCGCGGGCCACGGGGCUGCAGAAGCCCCAGGCUCCCGAGCCGCCGCCGCCGCCAAGCCUGGAAGCGGGAGCGGGCGCAGGGCCCCCGGAGGCGCCAGGCGAGCCCGAGCGCGCCGGCCUCAGGGAGGAGGACGAGCCCCAGCUGGCGCCCGGCCCGCAGGUGCCCCCGACCACCAGCCAGUCUAUGCAGACUUGCUGCCUGCUCUGUCACCGGGAGCGGAAAGGCUGGGAAGAAGGCCCUUCGCAAAAUGGACUGGUAUUGCAGGGUGAGAAGCUGCCCCCUGACUUCAUGCCAAAGCUCGUCAAGAAUCUGCUAGGCGAGAUGCCACUGUGGGUCUGCCAGAGUUGCCGAAAGAGCAUGGAGGAAGAUGAAAGACAGACAGGUCGAGAACAUGCAGUGGCGAUCUCCUUGUCACACACAUCCUGCAAAUCGCAGUCUUGUGGGGGUGACUCUCAUUCCUCCUCGUCCUCCUCUUCAUCAUCCUCUUCCUCUUCCUCCUCCUCCUGCCACGGGAACUCAGGAGACUGGGAUCCCAGCUCGUUCCUGUCAGCACACAAGCUCUCGGGCCUCUGGAACUCGCCGCACUCCGGUGGGGCUGUGCCAGGCAGCUCGCUCGGGAGUCCUGCCAUCCCUGGUGAGGCUUUCCCCGUCUCGGAGCACCACCAGCACUCAGACCUCACUGCUCCCCCUAACAGCCCCACCGGCCACCACCCCCAGCCAGCAUCUCUGGUACCGUCUCACCCUGGUUCCUUCGGCUCACCGCCCCACUCACACCUGCUGCCCACCACCCUGGCAGCACCCUUCCCCACCCAGGCUUCAGAGUGCCCUGUGGCUGCUGCUGCUGCUGCUGCCGCCGCCGCCGCUGCCACCCCCCACCCCCCAGGGCCGUGUCAGAACCCCCACCUGCCCUCCACCAGCAUGCCACUCCUGAAGAUGCCUCCGCCAUUCUCAGGGUGCAACCACCCGUGUAGCGGGCACUGUGGCGGGCCUCUCCUCCCACCACCAGGCUCUCAGCCACUCCCUAACACUCACAGGGACCCAGGGUGCAAGGGGCACAAGUUUGCACACAGUGGCCUGGCCUGCCAGCUGCCUCAGCCGUGUGAGGCAGACGAGGGACUGGGCGAGGAAGAGGAUAGCAGCUCCGAGCGAAGCUCCUGCACGUCGUCCUCCACGCACCAGAGAGAUGGGAAAUUCUGUGAUUGCUGCUACUGUGAGUUCUUCGGCCACAAUGCGCCACCCGCUGCCCCGACGAGUCGGAAUUAUACCGAGAUCCGAGAGAAGCUCCGCUCGAGGCUGACCAGGCGGAAAGAGGAGCUGCCCAUGAAGGGGGUUGCCCUGGGCGGGAUCCCUGGGGAGCCCGCCGUGGACCACCGAGAUGUGGAUGAGCUGCUGGAAUUCAUCAACAGCACGGAGCCCAAAGUCCCCAACAGCGCCAGGGCCGCCAAGCGGGCCCGGCACAAGCUGAAGAAGAAGGAAAAGGAGAAGGCCCAGUUGGCAGCAGACGCCCUCAAGCAGGCAGCUCGUGUUUCUGGAAGCCGGGAGCCGAGGCCUGCCAGGGAAAGGCUUUUGGAGUGGCCCGACCGGGAACUGGACCGGGUCAACAGCUUCCUGAGCAGCCGGCUGCAGGAGAUCAAGAACACCGUCAAGGACUCCAUCCGUGCCAGCUUCAGCGUGUGUGAGCUGGGCAAGGACAGCAACGGUUUCCCUAAGGACGAGGCUGUGGAGCCCGAGCCCCAGAGCCUGCCCCCCUUGAACCUCAAUGGCUCCUCAGAGCAACAGCCUGACAUCAACCUUGACCUUUCCCCCUUGACUUUGGGCUCUGCCCAGAACCACACGUUACAAGCUCCAGGCGAGUCAGCCCCACCAUGGGCAGAAAUGAGAGGCCCACACCCACCCUGGACUGAGGUGAGGGGCCCCCCUCCCGGCAUCAGCCCUGAGAACGGGUUGGUGAGGAGGCUCAGCACCGUGCCCAACCUCUCCCGGGUGAUCUGGGUCAAGACCCCCAAGUCAGGCCAGCCUGGCCCCGAGGAGCCGAGCCCAAAAGAGGUCCCCACCAGCAAGCAAGAGCUGCCCGAGCCUGUGGCCACAGGUGGGAAGUCACGGAAGGGCAAGAGGCAGGGCAGUCAGGCCAAGAAGAGUGAGGUGAGCACAGCCCCCCGAGCCCCAGCCAACCUCGAGGCGCCCAGUGCCAAAGGCCAGACCCCUGGUCCCCGGCAGCCAGCCAAGGGCCCAGAACCUCCCAAAGCGGGCAGCUGUGCCGAGGCUGGAGAGGGGAGCCGGGGGAGCAGGCCAGCACCAAGCUGGGCCAGCAACCCCAAAACUGACAAGGAGAAGGGCAGCUCCUGGCGGAACUGGCCCAGCGAGGCCAAGGCGCGGCCUCCAGAGCAGGAGUCUGUGCAGCCCCCAGGCCCAGCACGGCCACAGAGCUUACCCCAGGGCAAGGGCCGCAGCCGCCGGAGCCGCCACAAGCAGGAAAAGUCGGCUUCCUCCUUGGACGACGUGUUCCUGCCCAAAGACACAGACGGGGUGGAGAUGGAUGAGACUGACCGGGAGGUGGAGUACUUCAAGAGGUUCUGUUUGGAUUCUGCAAAGCAGACCCGUCAGAAAGUUGCUGUGAACUGGACCAACUUCAGCCUCAAGAAAAGCACUCCCAGUGCAGCUCAGUGAGGCCUUCCAGACUGAGCUGCCUCAAGGCGUCCUGAGACCCUGACUGCCAGCUAAGGGCUGCGGCUUCGCCCUCCACGCCACCCUCCCUGCGGCCCUGGUCCUGGACCUACCCAAAGCUGAACAGAGGUGGUGCUGUGCUCAGGGGCCCUGAGGGCCUGGGCUGCCACUUCCUGGUGCUAUGCAGCCUCCACACUUCGCACCCCGGGGUCUGGGCUGGCCUGGGGCAGGGGGCUGAUGGUACAGCUGGCCCAACACUGCUUUCUCUGUUUUUGGUUGUUUUGUUUUUAUUUUUAUUUGUUUUUAAUCUUUUGUUCUUUUACAAUUCUUUUGAUACUGUGAAGAUCUUUCAUGGUGAAAGAUAAAGCAACAUUUGGACAUGGA